UGGCUGAAUAAACAGAGUCCGUAAUUCAAAAGCAUUGUCAAAGGCAGGCCAAGGUCAGUAGUCAGAGAAACAAUCUGAUAAGCCAGCGCAGGCAACAAGACAGUAAUUCAGAGAACUCGUUGAAGCCGCACUGAAGGGGCCCUCCCUCACGCUCUUAUGCUUUGAGUUUUAUGUCAGCUUGCAACAGCUGCUUUCUCUAAUGAGGUCCCUCCUCCCUCUGGAAAGGCCGAUCAGCUCAGAGCUCUGAGGCGUGCUGAUCUACAUCGGACCGGAAAGAAAUUAACAAAUACAGAACAGAGAAUAAGUUAUAUGCUGCUGUCAGGAACCCCAGAAAAUGGAAAUGAAUGUCUUACCACGUGUGAUGUUUUUGUUGCAAACAAUUCCAAUUAUCCGAGAUUCCAAACAAUUUGACAAGUGGCAAAGGAAAAUAUCAGACUUUGUCUGGGCAGGCAAGAAACCACGUGUGAAAAUGAAAGUGCUGCAGGAUGCAAAGGAAAGAGGUGGUUUGCAGCUGCCCAAUAUAAGACUAUAUUAUGAAGCAAUUUGUCUGACAUGGCUAAAGGACUGGAUAACGUUGAAAAACCGCAAAUUGCUGGCCUUGGAAGGAUACAAAAAAAUAUUUGGAUGGCAUGCGUACCUGUGGUACGAUAAAGUAAAGGCAGAUUCUGUUUUUGCAUCACUAUAUUUGAAGAAGCCUCUUCACAAUCUGGAAAAAAUAUAAGGUUUAAAUGGAAGAUGGAAUUCCUUCAUGGGUGGUACCAUAUGAAGUAAUAGAUCCGAGAACUGUCGAUAAUGAGCAACAAUGUUUAACUUACAAGGAGAUAACACAAAUACAAGAUUCAAGGUUAAAAAUAAAGUCAGAAGAUGAGUUGUCUCCUUGUUAUGGAUGGUUUCAAUAUAGACAGAUCAGAGAUCUCUACAAUUCGGACUGUUUAAAAGGAGGAAUAAGAAUGGAAAAUUCAGAAAUAGAAGAAGCGAUAUUGAGUUAUUUCACACUCACACUUAGCAGCGUAUCUGUCCCUGGUUUGCAUCCCAUGUUUUCAGAGUUUUCACAUUAGCAAGGCAUCCAUGGGACGCGGAGCCGCUGUCAGUCCGGGUUAUCCCCGAUUUUUCUCACUGCGGACAUACCACGAAUUUUCCCAUAAUCCGCUGCCAACUCAAUGCUGAUCCGAUAAAUCCCAGUGUGAACACUUUUGUCCCUUUUUUGCUUCUCUCUCCCCCCGCUAAUUCUUGUCGUCGGAAGCUGAUUGGUCUGCGUCUCCGGCUCCCCAAAUGCUUCGUCUGCCAUUUCCCCCCCGCUAACUAACGUUUCAGCGGUACAUCUCCAUUGGUGCCAUCUCUAUUCUUCUCUCCCCGUCUUUUGCAUCCUGAUAACUUCGUGUUAUGCGCCUCACAUUUCCAAACCCCCCCCCCUUAAAAAAAAAGUUUGCCUAGCGGUGAGCGAUUGUGGUCAUGAUGAACCAAACGUUUCAUUCCUCAGUGACAACCCCUCUCCACCCAAAACUCUCUGCAUUUUGACAAUUCAAUCAGGAACCACCAUCGACAUUUUCCAGUAAUGAAAAAUAAAAUUGGCCAUAACGUUUCUGCGUUCUGUGGAUGCAAAGGUGCAUUGGGACAUCUCCACUUGUGUGAUCUACAUAUUUUGACUCCUUUUUUCGGGAUGGGAAUGGGGUUGGGGCAGUGGGUGGUGCCCUCAAACGAGGUUCAAACUCACCCCUUCUGGGAUCACGUGAUUUUUGUGGACCAAUGGGGUGCCAUUAUUUGCUGGGCGGGAAAUUCAACUCCUGCGAUCUGUGCCACUUCUGCGCACUGCUCAACGGUUGCUCAAGGAAAUGGCUGCACUAAAACCAUCCAGCGGGAGAGGGGUCUCCUGGAGGGAGAAGGAGACAUUGGACCUCAUUGAAUUUUGGGGUGAGGAGAAGGUGCAAGAGGCACUAUUGCUCUGUCAUAGGAACAUUGAUGUUUUCGAGCGCAUCUCAGAGCAGAUGGUGGCGAGAGGCCAUGCAAGAACCGCACUCGAAUGCCGGACAAAAACAAAAGCUUUGAGACAGGAGUACAAGAGGGUCGCAGCACACAAUGGAAGAUCGGGAAAUGCCCCUGCAACAUGCCCUUUCUAUGCACAGCUUGCAAGAAUUUUCAGAGGGGAUGCAAGCAUACGGCCACAAAGGGUGGCAAGAAGUCUUAACCUGCAGUCGGUGAGCAAUGCCGACCCCUUGGGGGAAGAUCUGUCGAACCAUGGCGUUCCCGCUCCAUGGGAGGGAUCAGAGGAACUAUUCACACAUCCAAUGGUCACUCUACAUCUUCAGGCGGUCCCCGCUUCCACUCCCAAUGAUUCAGGGCUGGCGCAGGUUUCAGCGGAGAAGGGCUCUGUGAAAGGAGAGGGGGACUUCACCUUGAUCAGCAAUGUGCAAGGUUCUUCCACGGAACAAGAAACAUCAAUCGGAGAAGCACCCCCCAUGGCCAUGACCGAUCCAGAGGAUGAAAAUGCCACAGAUGAUCCAGAUUUAACUCAGGUAGAGGAGUUCCCGGAGGUGACAGGACAGGGCGCAGAGGAUCCGCAAGGAGAUCUGAACAAUCCACCAGCAGUGGAACAACCGCAGGUCCCCACGGCACAACUGUCUCCAGCUACGCGCUUAGAAAAGGCGCGCACCAGAACCAGGCGCGUCUCUGUCCUCACCAACGUUGCAGAGAGAAUGCUAUCUCAGGCACAGAGGGAGGAACAGAACAACAGAAAGGAACGUGGAGAAAUUCUGGAGGCAACCAGCCAUUGGCGUGCAGCCAUGGAAUCAGAGACAAGAUGGCACGAGGACAUUAUCAGGGAGGCAAGAGAGGAUCGUAGGGCUUUUAUUGAGGCACAGUCACAAAAUAUGGAGGGGCUUAAUAGGGCUGUUGGUGCCCUCAGCUCCUUGACUGAACUCUUUGUCAGGGAGCAAAGAGCAGGCCCGGUUGCAGAAACUUCACAAAAUGCCAACAGCAAAACACGCGAUAACGAUCAUGAUAAGGCACCACUAAGAAAAAGGGCUCGGAUCAUUAAAAAGAGAGAAAGAUAUGAUCCAUCCCUCUGAGCCCCACAUGUUUUUCCGGUGCAGCAUUUGGGUUAGAGUCUGCAUAUCACAUGUAUCAUUGCUGUUGAAAUUAUGUUUGUCACAGCUGUAAUUGUGUUUUUCGAUGUUGGCGAGGGGUUGACAAUGGCCAUUAAAAAAAAUUGGAUUUUGUUACGCACCGCAAACCAGGUGCGGUUUGCCAGAUCUAUUUUUUGACCACGGUUGUUUGAAAUGUUGACCCACGGGAGAAACUUCACAGUUUUAAAUUUGUUUUUUAUUCUUUUCAAAACUUGAAAGAUUACAUGUGAGGCAUCAUAUGGACACUUAACUAACAUGCAUGUUAAAUAAAUCUUUUCUACAUCUCCUUAAACC